AUGGCGAAGAAGAAAGGACCGCCCUAUACUGAUGACCCUGGAUGCAAGUACAUUGUCAUUGACGAUCCCUGGCCGGGUACCAAACAGGGCAGGGAUCGCAAGGACAACUUCUUCAACCUCGUGGGCAUGUGGGUAUACUUUAUGCUCAAUAGGAAAGACAUCCCAGAGUCGAUCUUCUCGGUGAACACGCGCGCAGAGGUCAUCGUGAAGCUGCCCGAGCACGUUGACAUCACACCUAUCCUCGGCGCGCACGUAUGGCGCCAGUGUUUUACCGACGGGGCCCCUCAGGACAUCGAGCGCGUCUCGUACGUGUUCGAGUACAAUUACAGGACAAAGGGCGAUCCAGGCAGUCACCAGUGGUCAGAGCACUAUCCGAUUGUCGAUCCGAUUCCUAGGGGGUUUCCUGUGAGGCAACCGUACGCCCCCACGCACUGGGCAACGCAUCAAGGUCGGAACUGCGCGGACCUUGCCCUACCAUUGCCCAAGACGCGCCAACGCACACCCACGCCUCCUCCGAACGAAUUUACCCCAUACCACGCUCCCGCUCAUCUCGACGCCGCUCGUGCCGCGCAGUUCGUCGAGGAAGGCGAGGGACAGACCCCUGAUGUGCAGUGCGCUUGGGCAGAUGAUAGGGAGGUCAAGCCUGAGCUGGAGGCUGCUGCACCAGUAUUGUUUGUCGACAAGCGCGACCCUUACGAAGAGGAGGAUGCCGCACUCCAGUUUGUGAAGCAGGAGCCUUGCGACAGCUCUGCAUCUUCAAUUGUCAAGCAAGAAAUUACGGAAGUCCGCGUCAAAGAGGAGGUACACGAUGUCCCGGUUAAGAUGGAAGAGCAGCGCGCCCCCGCGACCCCAGCUCAAGCUCAGCCUUCGGCGGCAUUCCUUGCUGCCUUUCAGAGGUUGGAGCAACGUACUCGCGCAGCUCAAGGCCAGACAGCUGUCUCCCCUUCUACUCCAGAGAAUGCUCAGCUUUCAGCACAACUCGCCAACGAGAAUGCAGGACGUGGGCGUCCAGCUGAGCUGGUGCGGGUCAAACCAGAACCCGAAGAGCACACGCUCCCUUUGUCGUCCACGAGUUUCCAGCAUCCUCGAUCGCUGCCCGACUCUCGCGUCGGGUCCGUCGGAUCUUUCGACGGUCGUAUGCCAACAACAGGGAGACAUCAAUCCCAUGUGAAACCCGAGCCAGAAGACGCGACGCUACCCUCGCAGACGCGUAUGUAG